CAGCACUACUACCACUUCUAUUAUACUUGCUAACCCUAUCUCGAAUCAACCUGACUUCGCCCGAAUUUGGAUCAUUGCAACCCUACCCAGUCUGUGGAUCGAUCCAACUUGUUCCUUCGGCGUUCCAUUGACUCAUGCGCCUCACAUUGGCCCCGAAGCUUGAGAUUGAAGUGAUUACAUCGGUUUUACCUUUUAUUCCCCAAGAUCGUUAUAUCAUCGACCAACCUUAACCAACUCCCCGUCGAGACUCGGACCCUUACCACAUCAUUUCUCUCUCUCUGGAUACCCCUCUCUCUUCUCACUUUACCUUUCUCCCUCCUUCAGCUCUUCGCUCUCUUCGCUCCUGUCAUUCGACGAGCACCCGAAUAAAAGUAUAAUCACACAAUAUACAUACACACACACAUCUAUAUAUACACAAUGACAGCACGCCAAUCGUCGCCGACUUCGGACCACUCGCACUCAGACGGCAAUGUCCGCAAGAGAGUCUGUAAGGCAUGCGAUCGGUGUAGGUUGAAGAAAUCUAAGUGUGACGGAGCCAACCCAUGUGGUCGGUGUAGGACGGAUAAUGCCAUUUGUGUCUUCGGCGAGCGAAAGAAGGCCCACGAUAAAGUGUACCCUAAGGGAUAUGUUGAGAUGCUCGAACAACAACAGGCGUGGCUUGUCUACGGACUCCAGGAGCUGUACCGACGAGCGACAGACGGCGAAGGCUGGCCCGGGGAACCGUUGCAAUGCGAGCCAAAUGGUCAUCCUCUGACGCACGACCUGCUGACCAGACUGGGAGCGCUGGACCAGACGAAAGGCGAGCGCUUCGAAGAGAAUCCGGAGGUCAUGCAGCAAGAGCUGUGGACACAGAAUGGCAGACACAUGCAACGCCAAGAUUCAUCUGAUGGAAGCUCUGAAAGCGCCCAAUCGCCCGUCGUUCCCGCUCGAUUUUCGGAUCCCUUUGGAUUGCCACCCACGCCGACUACCUUCAGCGCACCUCCGCGCCCUCAGGGAGCCCCGAUCAAGACUGAACCUCAGCUAGCCCCAUCGAACCCGGCAUUCACGACUCCCAUGACCAUGCAAGGUGUUGUCAACCCCUUGGCGCUUCAGACCCCGCAACAAUGGCCCAGCAACAACUUCAGCUCUUUCGAGGAUAUCGACUUAAUAGGCGCAUCCGAAUACACGAAUCUAUCGUUCGAUGAGCAGGUCUCUUCGCCUAUGUUCAACCGUCAGAUCCCCAUGAGCUGCAUGUUGACCUCGUCAUAUAUGGAUACGAAGAACGAUUAUGAGGAUAUCAAUCAAUUUCUGAAUGCGAAUCCCCCCGAGAUCGCAUCCACUUAGCAAGCCUCGAAGAACCCGCGAUAUCACUAAGCUAUGACUUGUUUUUUUCUUUUCCGAAUUCGACCUUUGAGUUUCAUACAUGCAUGUAAUCGUAUACAUGCAUGACCUGUCCCGUCCACCAUCUCAUCUGGUGCCGGUUUCUCUUCU